CGCCCCUCGCUACCCUCUGUCCAGCUCGAGCGCAGAGAGUGGGGUAGUAGAGUAAGAUCAGGAGCGCGCGGGGGAGAGUAGAGCUACAGCGCGCGGGGUGUGAGCUGUGUGUGUGUUUAUAGAGUGUUUAGUGUAUAUAUAGUCUGUGUGUUUAUCUGUGGAUCUGCUUCCUCGUGCUGCCCGGUGAUCCUCAUGGCUCGCGCUGCCCCCGCGGGUCUCGCGCUGCUGCUGCUCGCGCUGGGGAGCGGGCGCGCGCGCGCCUUCGGUGUGGAUGAGGACGCGCGCUGCGAGCCCAUUCGCAUGGCCAUGUGUCUGGACCUGGGAUACAAUCAGACGCGCAUGCCCAACCUGGUGGGGAACGUGCUGCAGGCGGACGCGGAGCUGCAGCUCCAGACCUUCACACCGCUCAUACAGUACGGCUGCUCCAGCCAGCUGAAGUUCUUCCUGUGUGCAGUGUAUGCACCCAUGUGCACAGAGAAGGUUCCAGUAACCAUUGGUCCAUGCGGCAGCAUGUGCCUGGCAGUGAAGCGGAAGUGUUUACCCGUGCUGCAGGAGUUUGGCUUCGUGUGGCCGGAGCUGCUGAACUGCAGCCUCUUCCCACCCACCAAUGACCAGAACCACAUGUGCAUGGAGGGUCCGGCCGAAGACGACCUGUUCCACCCCAAUAAGCCAGUGGCCCCGCACGAGGAGGAGUGUGUGACAAUGGGUGGAGGAGGCCCAGAGCAAUAUGCCUGGGCCAAGAGGAGCGGCAGCUGCGUCCUGCAGUGUGGAUACGAGUCUGGGCUGUACCGCCGGCAAGCCAAGAUGUUCACGGACGUUUGGAUGGCUGUGUGGGCAGUGCUGUGUUUCAUCUCCACCUCUUUCACGGUGCUGACCUUCCUCCUGGACUCAGCGCGCUUUUCCUACCCUGAACGCCCUAUCAUGUUCCUCAGCAUGUGCUACAACGUCUACAGUGUGGCCUUCUUGGUGCGACUGACCGCCGGCCGGGAGCGGAUAUCCUGCGACCUAGACGAGGCGGCCGUGCCUGUUCUCGCGCAAGAGGGUCUCAAGAACACUGGCUGUGCUGUGGUCUUCCUCUUGGCUUAUUUCUUCGGCAUGGCCAGCUCUAUCUGGUGGGUCAUCCUCACGCUGACCUGGUUCCUUGCAGCAGGUCUCAAAUGGGGCCAUGAGGCCAUAGAGAUGCACAGUUCCUACUUCCACAUUGCGGCCUGGGCGAUCCCAGCAGUAAAGACCAUAGUCAUCCUAAUCAUGCGGCUGGUGGACGCAGAUGACCUUACCGGGCUCUGCUACGUAGGAAACCAGAAUCUGGAUGCGCUGACUGGUUUUGUGGUAGCGCCGCUGUUCACAUACCUGGUGAUUGGGACGCUUUUUAUCGCAGCAGGGUUGGUGGCACUCUUCAAAAUACGCUCCAACUUGCAGAAGGACGGCACAAAGACGGACAAGCUGGAGCGUCUGAUGGUCAAAAUCGGAGUCUUCUCUGUCCUCUACACGGUGCCCGCCACCUGUGUCAUUGCAUGCUACUUCUACCAGAUCUCCAACUGGGCUGAUUUUCACCAGACAGCAAGAGACUCCUACAUGGCGGCCGAAAUGCUUAGGAUUUUCAUGUCGCUGCUCGUAGGCAUCACCUGUGGCAUGUGGGUGUGGUCUGCUAAGACCCUUCACACCUGGCAGCGCUGCUCGCUUCGCCUGCUGCACUCACGCAGGAGCUCCCGUGCCCACCAGAGCGGCGAGGGCUGGGCCAAACCUGGCAAGGGCAAUGAGACUGUGGUGUGAAGCACACAUAAGAUAGGGAGAGCUGGGAAAAGAGGGAAAAUAGUGGCUCAGGCAUGAAAAGAACGAUGGCACCACCUUGUGGACAUUUGUUGAAAGUGCACAACGUUGCCACCACCCCCUUUACUCUCUCUCAGAACAGAACUGAGAACUUAUGUAGCAGCAUCAGCUCCUCAAACAUAAUGCAGAGACGUUUUAACUGAUGAUUAUUACACUGGACACUUGCAACACAACAGAACCUCUCUAGCAGAACAGGUUCUGCUUCAACUGACCCAACUCUUUUUUCCUGUCGCUUCAACACUGUGGUAAUGCAGCAAAGACACCUGGGAAAUGUACUUGUUUUUAGUCCUCAGCGAACAGCACAGUUUACCUCGCACUGAGACACGGCAGUCUGUUCUUUCUUUCCUGUUUGCUCUGUUCCGUACCUCUGGAAUGGCAGCUAGAACCCUGGUGGGUCAGGAUUCUGGAACUAUGCCCUGAUUCGUGUUCUUGAACCACACCUGUUUUAGUGUAGUAGAGCCAUGCCUCCGGUAGUACUGCCUUAGUUAGUACCCUUCUAAAUACCUUGUUGUAGAGUCUUGCCUAAUUUAGGGUUCUAGGACUCUGCAUGUAUUCUGCUUGGUUUCGAAUUCUGCAGCCCUGCCUUGUGUGGGUUUCUAGAACUGCUUUGAACUGAUGCAAAGCUGGUUUAGGACUCUAGAAACCUGCUUGUGUUGACAUUCAACAACCCUGCCCCUAUUUUUUUUUUUUAGAACUGUGACACAUGUAGUACCUCGCACCUGUUUGUUCUGAACCUCUGGACUGGUAGCUAGAACCGUGGUGAGUCAGGAUUCUGGAACAUUGGCCUGAUUCGUGUUCUUGAAGCACAGCUGGUUUAGUGUUGUAGAGCCAUGCCUCUAGUAGCAUUGUAGGACACAUGGUUACUGUUCUUGAAUGUUGCCUUACUCUUAUUCUUGUGGAAUCGAGCCUGAUGUAGGGUUUUAGAACAUUUAUUGGUUUAAAUUUUUUUGCCCACUUGAGAAAUUUCGAACUCUCCUUUAUUUAGGAUUAGAAUUCUAUAACCCUACCUUGUCUGAAAUGAUUGAAAUCUGCCCUAUGUUUUUUAACCCCGUGUUGGCCUCAUGCUGUUGUAGAAGCAUGUCUUUAGUAUUAUUGUAGGACACUGCCUCAGAUUUUAAGAACUCUGACAGUUUUAUUGUUCUGAAACACCACAUUAUUCUAAAUACUUUUUCUAAUUAUUGUAGAAUCAUGCCUGAUUUAGGGUUCUAGAACCCGGUUUGUGAUUUUCUGUCCACUUUGGAAAUGUCAAAUCUUGGCCAAUUAAAAAUUCUAGAAACCCGCAUGGCCGAAGAUUCUAAAACUCUGACCCAUUUUAUUAUCCUAGAGCUCUGUCUGUUUUAUUAUUCUAAAAAUAUAUAUGCUUUGGACUGAUAUAUUCAUGCAUGAUUCAGGAUUUCAGGACCUCAGCUGGUUUGGGAUUUUAGAAUCCUGCUUGAUUUAAGACUCUAGUAUCUUACUUGUUUUCAGGUUCAGGUAUUUAGUGUUCCAGAAUCUUUCACAUUUUAGCAUUCUACACUUUAGUGAGUUGUCUGGUUUAGUAUUCUACAGUCCUAUCACCCUUUGAUAUUCUAAAAUGCUUACAAUACUUCAGUCAUUUAAACACAACUAUUUCAUUUUCUGAAAACCUAACUGGUUUAGGAGUCUGGUAUCCUGUUUUUUUUUUUUUUUUUUGAAAACUGCUUAGUUUAGGAUUUUGCAACCCUACCUGGUUUGGGAUUCGACAACAGCACCCCCUGCCUUUUUUAGUUUGGGUUUUCCAGAACUGCGAAUCACUUAGUGUUCCAGAACCUUUCAGGUUUUAGUGUUCUACCUUAAUUAGUAUUCUAGUACCAGAAUUUUGCAACCCUACCUGAUUUGGGAUUCUAGAACAGCUGCCUAUGUCCCUUUUAGUUUUGGUUAUCCAGAACUGUGCAUUACUUAGUGUCCCAGAACCUUCUACGAUUUUGUGUUUUACCUUAAUUAGUAUUCUAGAACCUAGUCACCCUUUGGUAUUCUAAAAAGCUUACAAUACUUGAGAGGUCUAAAACUAUAUAUUGAUUUUCCUAGAACCCUGACUGGUUUGGGAUUCUGGUAUCUUGCAUGGUGUCAAUAUGACUUCAGACUGAUUGGUUUAUGAAUCUAGAAUUCUACUUAAUUUAGGACUCUAGAACCUUGCAUGUUUUGCGGUUCAGGUAUUUAUUGUUCCAGAAUCUUCCACAUUCUAGCUUUCUACAUUUUAGUGAGUUGUCUGAUUUAGUAUUCUAGAACAUAUUCACCCUCUGAUAUUCUAAAAUUCUUACAAUACGAAGGGUUCUAAAAUUUUACAUUUAAUUUCCUAGAACCCUGGCUGGUUUAGGAUUCUAGUAUCCUGUUUAAUUUAGUAUUGGAGAACCCUGUCUUUUUUAUCUUCCUAGAAUCUAGCUUAGUUCAAGAUUCUGCAGUCCUAAUCAUGUGGGAGUUUAGCACGCCCACAUGAGGACAAUUUAGGACUCUAAAACCCCACCCAUUUAAAAAUUCUGUUUUAGGACUCAAGAAUCUUUCUUGGUUUAAGAUUGUAAAACUUUACCAGUGUUAGACCUGAAAAUUGGUUUGCAAUCCAAAAAUCCUAGAACAGAACUUAGUGUAGAAUUGUAUAACCUUUUGUCCUAGGCUCUUAUAGUGUAGGAUACUGUACUAUAUCUCAGUAGAGUAAUCCUGAACCCUGUUAGUUUGAGGGUUCUAAAGGUUUCCAAUGCAUUUCACCACCAGGGACCUUCUCCAGACUCUAUCAUUCAACAAUAGCUAAUAGAAACACAUGGGCAAAGGCUUACUUUGGCAAAGCUUUCCCAACAACAAGCUCUAUAAUACAGAGUUACAUUCAUUAAAAGAAGACCGGUCCCACUUUAUAAUAAGUGUCUUAUAAUAACUGUGUAGUUUCACAUCCACAGUGUAACUACCAGUGAAUUACAGUUUUACAGGUUAUGUAAUUACUUAUGUGUGUCAACGUCAAUUGUCAUUUGUGUGUAAUAUAGUCAUAGUUUGUGUGUAGAAUAAGUUGUGUAUACAUCUAUAUUUCUCCAACAGCUCUCGUGUGGCAUGUAAUUAUGAUUAUUCAGAUUAUAUUAUGGGAAGAUGGACAGAAUAUUCUGUUUGUUGUGUGUAAUUACAUAACCUGUAUAACUGCAAUUAAUCUGCAUUAAUGCAUGAUUGUUAAUGUGUAACUACACAGAUAUUGAAGACACAUAUUAUAAAGUGGGAUCCAGAAGUCUUAUGAUGUUAACCACGUCUCUACUGAGCCUGAAGGCAUCUGGGACAGACUGGCACACAGUGCAGGGUUUCCCCCAGGAUUUCCUUGAAGGUGCGGUGGCAGGACCCCCCGGUUGGGAACCGAUAAUUUAUAUCACGUUAAUGAUAUCACGAUAUAACACAAUUACACAUGUUUCCAGUUAUUUUCUUUAUUUCCAACUGUCACUGAAAAAUGCCCACUUAAAACAAAAAGUUGCAAAAAGUAGGUUUCUUUAAAAUAAAUCCUUAUUGUUCUUUUUUCAGAUACGGUAAACGUAAAAGUGUGCAACACAAAAUGUUAAAUUAUACAUAUCAAUAUCUUUAAUCUUUAAUUUAAUUACAAUAAAAUGUUUACUGGACCGUGAAAACAAAUGCAUCACAGAGCUGUUCUAGGGUGCCUCUAUUCUAGGGCCCUACAUCCUUGCUUUAUGACAGCUCCAGAAACAGAAACAUAGCGUGAUUUUCACUCCACCAGGUGAGUGAGCCUGAGUGGACACCUGCGUAAGUUGAAGCUGUUUAAUCACUGUUUAAUUCAUCUCUCUCUCGCGCGCGCGCGCGCAUUAUGUUUCAGUCUCUCUCUCUCUCUCUCUCUCUCUCUCUCUCUCUCUCUCUCUCGCAUUAUGUUUCAGUCUCUCUCUCUCGCUAUUUACAGGCGCGCUCUCGCUCUCUCUCUCUCUCUCGCGUUAUGUUUCAGUCUCUCUCUCUCGCUGUGUCCUAUACUCACACUCUCUCUCUCGCGCGCGCGUUAUGUUGGCACUGCAUGACUAACUACCGAUUUCCACCCCCGAAGUUCAACACAUGGCUGACGGAAUUAUUCCCCCCUAAAUUUAGCUCCGGCAAAUUUAAGACAUUUUGGUUGAAAUUUUAAGACAAAAUAAGACUUUUCAAGGCCUUAUUUGACAAAAAUGAAAUUUAAUACCAUUUAAGACUUUUUAAGGACCCGCGGCCACCCUGCUACAUGUGCAGGACUGGAACACAGCUGUGCGUUUAGGAAUUACGGCUAGAGAAGCCCUCACCUGUAGCCUCCCGAAAUAGAUGCAACAUGCGAAACCAGCCGUGUUGUGUAGGCUACGUCUACAACAUAUUACCGAUAUAACCCUUGAACAAUGUUCAACAACUUGUUCACAAAUAUAAAAAAACAUCAUUUCAGCGCCACAUACCUCGGAUUCAGUUGUCCAGUUUGACAGCCGGUGUCCUGUCGAGAUGAUCAAAUUCCAGUGUCAGAAACAAGAGAGGGCGGGGCAACGCUGAUCAAGCGCGGGAAAAACGCCGGGCUCCGAAUUUUCACGAAGGCGUGGCGGACCGCCGCACUGAAAUGAACGUGGCGGAAACCCUGCAGUGGAAACAGUGUAUUGUGGUCAGAUGAAUUUUCCCAGAUCUUUUAGGAACAACUGAACAAAUUAAUGCACAGCUCUUUGUUCAAAAGACAAAAACUAUGCAGUUUUUAGAAUGCUCUUGCAGGUUCACCACCAUGCCUUUUCUCCAGCCUUGUAUUUAGACUGCAGUGGCCUUAACCCCUCAAAUUAUUUAGUUUUGAGGGAGUAAAAGACCCAAUCACAACUAAGCACACACACACACACACACACUAGCACAGAUACAUAUGACAGACUUGUGUUUUUGCAAGACAAUCGUUACCAUGGUCAGCAAUGGCCAGUGUAGGUCCAGAAGGUCAAGCAGAUCUUCAUGUUCUGGACCUGCAUUUGCCACUAUUUCCCAUGGUGGAGUGAAUGUAAACAGCGCUGAAGAAUUCUAUUUUUACAAGCUUUUUAAAAAGUGCCUCAGACACAUAAACACGCUAGUGCUUUGAAGUACUCUGACGUUGAUGAAGUACUUUUUGUAGAUGAAUUUGUACAGAAGUGUUGUUUGUAGUUUUAUUUUUGUUGUCUUUAUUGUAUUAUAAAAUGCUAAUUUAUCUUUGUAAAAACAUCAACAAAAUGUACAAAAAACGUGUUUGUUAUUUAAGAAUGCUUUUGUAUCAAAUGAAGAGAAAUUAAACUUAGGUUUUCAACAUA